AUGGGGCAAAUUGCCUCAAAAUCAGCGGCGGCGCCUGACCCUGUUGAACAGCCAGCAACGCCAGUUCUCAAGGAACAGGCCCUCGCGGCACCAAGCACGUCUGGCGCGCAGCCCACGGUGGCGGACAUCAACGAACAGGUUGGCGCAGCUAUCAACGCAGCAGUGGACCAGGGCGAGAAGGCGGCAGUCAGCACCGUGGCAGUGAAGAAAAAGAUUAACUCUAGGAAAACAUCCGCCGCUGCCAAGAAGGUCAAGGCGGCCGCAGUCGCGGUGGCUGCAGUCUCUGAGGCCAAUGGCAAGGCAGUGGUCGUGCGCGCUGAAACCAAGGCGAAGGUGGCGGCCAAGGGCAAGGCGCGGCUGGCAGCGGCAAAAGGCGCCACCAAGCGGGCGUCUAAGCGUGUUAGCAAGGGCACCGCGAGGAAGAUUUGA